AUGUACAUUUUUCCGAACUCAACCACCAAUAACUGCAACGGAGAUCUUAAACAACGUGUACGGAUUACUGGUACACACUGUGUGACUAGUUUAGAUAGUACUCAGCUAAUUCUGCGCAUUGACAUUGUCCAAGUCCACCAACUCUUUUAUUUAUCGUUUUCACUUUUUGGGUUGCAGCCUACAGAUCACAAAUGGGCUUCACGUUGGGACUACAUUCUGGAGACCAUGCCGGAGAGCAAAAUCCAAUGGGUUUCAAUUUUAAACUCAGUUGUUCUGGUUCUCUUCCUCUCCGCUCUGGUGGCCACAAUUCUGUUACGCACAUUGCGUCGUGAUAUCGCUCGGUACAGUCAACUGGAGAGCUCGGUACAAGAAGAAUCCGGCUGGAAGUUGGUCCACGGAGACGUGUUCCGUCCGCCCGCUUGGGGUAUGCUACUCUGUGUCCUCCUCGGUUCUGGCAGUCAGCUGUUUCUUAUGGUCCUGGUCACUUUGUUCUUCGCCUGUCUCGGAUUUCUCAGUCCGGCCAACCGGGGUGGCCUGAUGACUUGUGCUCUGGCCAUGUAUGCGUGUUCGGGAAUUUUAGCAGGCUUUGUAUCCGCGCGAAUGUACAAAUUUAUUGGCGGACUGCGCUGGAAAGCAAACGUGUUCCUGACCGCCACAUUCUGUCCAGGUGUGGUGUUUAUCAUGUUUUUCAUUCUGAAUUUGGCCUUGUGGAUUUUGGGCAGUGCGACUGCCAUGCCUUUCGGGACAAUUGUGGCUCUGCUCGCCCUGUGGUUAUGUGUUAGUUUGCCCCUGUGUUUUGUCGGUGCCUUGCUCGGAUUCCGAAAGCAUGCCAUCGAAGUACCCGUACGUACCAAUCAGAUUCCAAGACAGAUUCCGUUCCUAACCACAUACAGCCGCCCGGUGAUCACUUUCUUCUUGGGUGGCUUGCUCCCGUUCAGUUGUAUCUUUAUCCAACUGUUCUUCAUUUUCAACAGUCUUUGGGGCACACAGUUCUAUUUCAUGUUCGGUCUCCUGUUCCUCGUGUUUCUCAUGCUGGUGAUCACGUGCUCGGAGACCGCAAUUCUGUUGUGCUAUUUCCAGCUUUGUUCCGAGGAUUAUCGUUGGUGGUGGCGCGCGUUCCAUUGCGGUGCGGGAACUUCAUUCUAUCUGUUCAUCUAUUCGAUUCACUAUUUUGUCUCUCGCCUGGAAUUCCGUGAUGCCACAUCCGGGUUCUUGUAUUUCGGCUACAUUCUGAUCAUUGUGUGGCUCAGUUUUCUUCUUACCGGUAAGUUAUGUCACAGAUCGGCUACAUUCACUCGCUUGUAUGGUGAAACAAGCCAACAAUUGAUAUUCUUCUCAUUUAAGUUAAGUCCCUCACCCUCCUUUUACUCUGUUAUGUAUCCCGACCCCCUGUGUUCUGUUACUCUUGUUUUUGCGUUGGCACGAAGCUUGCUCGCAAACCGAUGA